AUGGCUUCCAGCGGCGCCGACGUCACCCGUGUUGGCUUCAUAGGCCUCGGGGCCAUGGGCUUCGGUAUGGCAUGUAACUUGUUGAAGAAGCCCCAAUACCGAGUCCAAGGUUACGACGUCUACCCGCCAAGCGCAGAGAAAUUCGUCGCGCAGGGUGGUUUGGUUGGUGCUUCACCGAGGGACGUGGCGAAAUCCAGCUCCAUCCUUGUCUGCAUGGCCGCCAACGCCCAGCAGAUUGAUGAUAUACUUUUUGACCAUCAGACGGGUGCUCUCGAGACAUUACCGGAGCACGCUACAGUACUACUGUGCUCGACAGUGCCUCCGACGUAUCAUGAGGCGUUGUCAGAUAGGAUCGCUCAGAAGGGCCGGGGAGAUGUGCUUGUCGUCGACAGCCCAGUGUCUGGCGGUACGAAGCGUGCAGCCGAGGGCACGCUCACUAUUUUCGCUUCGGGAACGUCAGUCGCGUUGCAGAGAGCAGACCAGAUUCUUCAUGAUAUGUCGGAAAAGCUGUACAUCAUUCCCGGCGGGCCCGGUGCGGGCAGCAAGGUCAAGAUGGUGAACCAGCUCUUGGUUGGCACGCAUAUUGCUGCUGCAUCAGAAGCCAUGGGUCUUGCUGCCAAGGCUGGCCUCAACACCCGCGAGGUGUAUAACAUUAUCACAAACGCCGCCGGUAACUCGUGGGCCUUUGAGAACCGCGUACCGCAUAUGCUCGACGGAGAUUGGACCCCUCUCUCUGCUCUCAACAUUUUUGUUAAAGAUAUGGGGAUCGUCGUGUCUACCGCAAGAACGCUGCAGUUCCCAUUGCCCCUCGCAUCAACCGCAGAGCAGCUGUACAUCUCUGGUGCUGCCCAGGGUCUUGGCCUGGACGACGAUGCUGGUCUCGUCCGGGUAUUCCUCCCUGGUUCUCCCAACGCAGUAAAGGAGCAGGCUGGCCAGCUUAACAAGCAAGAAAAGCUCACUCCCAGCAGCACGCCAUUGGAAAUCUCAAAGAUUGGCAUGAUUGGCUUGGGUGCGAUGGGUCAGGGUAUGGCUGGUUCGCUCCUUCGUGCCGGUUUCCCGGUCCACGGAUAUGAUGUUUACGAGCCGGCCAUCGACAAGUUUGUUGCCGCGGGAGGCAAGGCGACCAAAGCAAGCAGCCCCUCUGAUGCCGCCAAGGGAGCUGAUCUCUUGGUGCUCAUGGUCCAGAACGCUGCCCAGGCUGACGAUGCCUUGUUUGGAUCGGGUAAAGCCGCAGACGUGCUUCCGGAUGGUGCCAUCGUCAUUCUCAGCUCAACGGUCCCGCCGUCUUUUGUGCGCGAGCUUGAAAGCAAGCUGACCAACCUUGGAAAAGGAAUCAGUCUCAUUGAUGCUCCUGUCAGUGGAGGUGUCGUCCGUGCUGCAAACGGCACUCUCACGAUCAUCUGCUCGGGCAACGAUGCCAUCAUUUCCAAGGUCAACGCUCCGCUGCUGGCCAUGACUGGAACUACUAGCAAUCUCUGCCAUGUGCAGGGUGGUGUCGGUGCGGCAUCCUCCGUCAAGCUGAUCAACCAGCUUCUGGCCGGAGUUCACAUCGCAGCUGCCGCCGAAGCCAUGGCAUUCGCUGCGCGCCUGGGUCUGGACACGCGACGCGUGUUCGACCUUCUCGGGAAUGCAGCUGCAUGGAGUUGGAUGUUUGAAAACCGCGUGCCUCAGAUGCUUGACGCCGACUGGACCCCUCAUUCAGCCCUCGCCAUCUUUGUCAAGGAUCUUGGUAUCGUGCUUGACGAAGCAAAGCGCCUCACAUACUUCGCUCCCAUCUCAUCUGCCGCGCACACGCUGUACCUCUCCGGUGCCUCUCAUGGCUGGUCAAAGGAGUCGGACGCUGGUGUCGUUAGACUGUGGGAGUUGACCGGCCUUUCUGUUUCUGGCAACGCUGGCCCAAAGACUCAGGAUGGCAACAACGCCGCUACAGCAGCUUCAGAAGCUGGUCAAGAUGAGGCUCUUCCAGCACACAAGACGCUCGACUCGCUGCCGGCCGAGUACGCAGGUGACGUCAUCAGCUCAACCCAGAAGGUCGUGAACAACGGCGAAGUACCGGUUCUCGUCGCUCUGGAUGAUGACCCGACAGGAACUCAGACCUGCAACGAUAUUGAUGUGCUGACUGUCUGGGAUGCCGCAACACUCGACUACGAGUUCAGUCUCAACCCUAAGGGCUUCUUCAUCCUGACCAACUCUCGUGCUCUUCCUUCGGCCGAGGCCCGUCAGUUGAUCCUCGAGAUUUGUCAGAACGUUAAGAAGGCUGCUGAAAAGGCUGGAAAGGCAUUCGAGAUCGUGCUCCGGGGCGACUCGACCCUCCGAGGCCACCUUCCGGAGGAGCCCGAGGCUGCUGAGGAGGCGCUGGGCAAGUUUGACGCGUGGGUCAUCACUCCGUUCUUCUACCAGGGCGGACGCUACACCAUCAAUGACGUCCACUACGUCAAAGAAGGCGACGUUCUAGUGCCCGCGAGCCAUACGCCCUUCGCCCAAGACGCCACUUUCGGGUACAAGAACUCGAAUCUGCGAAAGUACGUCCUCGAGAAGUGCGGGUCGAGAUUUGACGAAUCAUCCUUCCUCUCGGUAACGCUCGACGACAUUCGAGUCGGAGGACCUGCUGGCGUCGCCAAAAAGCUUCUCUCAGCUGCUCCUGGCUCCAACACGGUGGUGAUUGUCAACGCGGCUGCCGAGUCUGACAUGCAUGUUUUCGUGGCUGGUCUCCUCGAAGCCAACAAGAGCGGAAGACGGUACCUGUUCCGAACUGGCGCUGCUUUCGUGUCGUCGCGUCUCGGAAUUACAGGCAUCCCGCCGCUGACCAUGGCCGACCUGGGUGUCUCCAUCUCGGGAGAGACCAAGCAGCCUGGCGGUUUGAUCGUGGCUGGCUCGUAUGUGCCGAAGACGACGGCUCAGCUCAAGGUUCUCCGCGAGAGAAGAGGCGACAAGCUCGCUGUGAUUGAGCUCGAUGUCGCCGGGCUCAUUGGGUCCGAGGAGGCGGCCGAAAAGGUCGUCACGGCAGCAGCGGCGGAGACGACGAAGAAGCUGUCGGAUGGAGAAGAUGUUCUCGUCAUGACAUCGCGGGAGCUGAUCAAGGGAAGCGAUGCCCUGAGCUCUCUGCAAAUUGGAUCCAAGGUCGCUCGGGCUUUGGUUCAACUAGUGGAGAGGAUCGACGUCAGACCACGAUACCUGAUCGCGAAGGGCGGCAUCACGUCGUCUGACGCGGCGACGAAGGGUUUGAAAAUGAGAAGAGCGCGCAUCCUGGGACAAGCUGCCCCAGGCGUUCCUCUGUGGAGGUGUGAUGAGGAAACAAGCCGGCAUCGUGGGGUGCCGUAUGUUGUGUUCCCAGGUAAUGUCGGAAGCGACCAGACUCUCGCCGAAGUAGUCGAGUCCUGUGGAAGGAGCACGCCACCUUCAGGAGUUCAACCUAUUGACGAGUUUUUCAUCAAGAACGCCGAAGAACUCCUCGCACGUAGCGAGAAGCUUUGCGCUGAGCUCGACCUCCUCCGCUCAGCUGUCGAGAAGACAGCUGAGAAGGUCAACAAUCACUGGCACGCCUAUAUCCCCGGAUUCAGCACUUUCUGGCAGUCCAAUACGAAUCAGAAACUACGGGCGGAAUCUCUGCUUCAGCGUUCCAAGGAGCCGAUUGAGGACCCAGAGGCUGAAGGACCUCUUCAUCGAGACUUAAGACUUCUCGAGGGCGAGUUGUCGUCGUAUGAAAACCAUUGGUCGGCUAUCAAGAAGUGCCGUUCGGUGACCUGGUUUCGAUAUGCAGUUCCGUAUAGGAAGAAAGAAGGAAAUGGGCAAGGAUCUGUCUUCGUCAGCGCCAUCGUCGACAACGGCCAUGAGUGGCUUCGGGUCCUUAGCACUACCGAGAGGGCCUUACUAGUCCAGAUGGCCGAAGCCGACUUUCCCUGGGAUGAGCCGGAUGAUGGAGACGACGAUGUCGAACUUCAAGAGAUCCUUGGCGAUGAAGAGACACAAAUCGAGGUCUUGAAAUGCGCCCAACAACUGCUAGCAGCUGCACGUGAUAUUCACGGAGGCUACAAGCAUCGCAUACGCAUCGUCCUUCCCAAUGUCCAAAGGGGACGCGAGCUCGCCAUAGAUCGGUUCUUACGAGGCGUACAGAGCUUGGGAGAUGAAAACGUCUCACUUGCGCUCGAGUGUGCAGGAGAGAUACAGACUCCUCCUCCACCCAUCGAAACAGCAAUCGCGAAUCUUCUCGACCUCGGCAGCGCGGAUGAUUCGCCGCCUUUGACGCCAACCCUCAACAUAGAUACCUCCAUAUUUGUCGCCCUGACCACUGAUAUCUCCCAUAGCCAUGGAAAUCAGCGGAAAUGGCGCCCCAAGAUCCUGGAAGAUGUUGCAGACGAAGCAGAGUAUGGCCCGAGACUGGUUAACUCUCUCUACCCUAUUCUCCGCGGGCGCACGCUAGUCUGCACCCGCGAGGCCGCGGAAACGUGUUUGCGAAUGGUCUACGACGCAUCAACAGACGACGAAGUCGCCAGAGUUGAAAUUCUACUCGGACAGGAGACCCUGCGAGGAAAGCAGGAUGACAAGAUGGCGUUCCUUGAGCGCGUGCUGCGGCAGGAUGGCUGGCCUUUAGAAUCCGAGGAUGAAGCGUACACCGAAGCGCGGCGCAAGAAGCUUAUUGCUGAAUUGCAGAAGCUAUCCUGCCACCCUGUACCCGAAGACCUACAACUACCGAUCCGCAUCGUCGAAGACUUCCGCCGAGAGCACGUCCGAGAAGAAGUCGCCAAGGGCACUCUGCCCAAGGUGGUCUUGUCUGUCGAGCCAACCCUCAACGAGACAAACUGUUCGUCCUUCAUGUUCGGCUGGCGAACGGGCAACACCACGAUAACCUGUAAUCGUCACGCCGUGCGGCGGCUGGGAAACCUCGUCAGAAAGCUCCGUUGGUCCAGAGACGCCGAGACUGCGCCGAUUCUGUCGUUGGACUGGGCCAGAGGAUUAGCCAAAAUCCCGUUUCCCGGGGAGGUACUAGUCGACGGCCCGGGCAGGACGACAGCGGAGGUCACCGCCUAG